AUGGCUUCAAGUUCAACAGUUGGUGCAAAAUCAGAGGAAGCAACUAAAUUGGAAAAAGGAAAAUCAGCACUAAACAAGGUUUUGGAAUCUUUGUGCUCUUACCACUGGCAGCAGAUUUUGGCUAUUUUGAAAUUUUUAAUCCAAGACAAAAAUGUUCCUUCACUUUGCAGUUGCCUGCAACCUCAUAUUAUCCAUUCAGAAACUCAGAACUCCCUCACUGAAGAUGAAAACCAUGUUCCAUUUUGUAGUUGUGAUGGACAUAUGCUGACAAAAAGGUGCUGUUUACAAAAUCAAAAUCCAAACACUUAUUUACCAUCUCUGUGUGUUUGUAUUAAAGAUUUGCACUGUUUGCCAUGUCAGACUGUAGCUACUGGAUGUAUUAAGACAGUGGUGAAUAAAAGGAUUGCUAACAGUUGUAAUCCUCAUAGGUGCUAUACAGGACAACUACAAAACUGUAACAACAAGUACUCUGUGACAGCAGCAACUUAUACAUCUUUUUCUUCAACUGAAGACAAUGAUUUGUCAAACAGCAUUAAAAGUUCUAGUAGAUCUCGCAGCCCAUCACCUCCUCCAUUGUCACCUGCACAAAAUAAUGAAAUUGAAACAUUGGAAGGAUCACCUAUAGAUUUUCCAGCUUUAGACAACAACAAAUUUGAAAUAACCAUUAAUCAACCUCCAUCUCUCUUGCCAGCAGAAGGAAGCAAUAGAGAGUAUGAAGAUGAAGGUAAACUAUGCAAAGGAAAAGGGUUUGGUUACUCAAAUGAAAUUUGGCUGUCAACAGAUCAAGAAAGCAGCAAAUGUGUUAUAAAUUCUGAAAAGUUUGGAAAAUGUGAAAGUUCUGCCAUUUUUCAAGAUUUAAUGGAUCGUAUUAAUGAAAAAUUAAAAUCAAUAGAAACUACAGAUAUAACAACCAAUCUUGUAAAAUUGUCUGACAGUGACAGGGCACCAGAAAAUGAUAAUGUAAAAUUGGGGGACUUCAUAACAUCUCUCUUGCACGAUGCUAAGGCAAGUGAUUACACUUUUAUGGAGUUACUGAGCCAACAUGAUAAACAAGUGGAAAAUAAAAUUAUCCAAACCAGAUUUCGCAAACGUCAGGAAACUUUAUUCGCAAUGUAUAAUUCUCCUGAUUCACCACUGAUUAGACGACAGUCUUUGCAAAUCAAGAGGGAACUUGCAAGUCUUGAUGAAACUUUUAUAAGGAAAAAGUCAACUUUAGAGAGAAAUGCAAAGAAGUCUACAAAAAAUUAUGGUAAAAUGUCCACAAACAAAGGAGACAGUUAUAACAUGUUAGAAGACAAAGCUUUACAAAAUUCUGACAGUAAUCUAGGUAUGAGAUGUCAAACUAAAUCCAUGUCUUUGCCAGUGUGUCAAGCAGAAUCAAUGGGACUACCUCUGAAUAAUUUUGAAACUAACUCUAGCUUUGUAGCAUUUUCAGAAAACAACGUUACUAUAGCAGAUCAGACUAACUUUGCAAAAACACAAGGAGAUUAUGCAAUUGAAAAAGAGAUUGAUCAGAGCCCUUUGAAGGGGAAAUAUAAUGGAAUCUUGGGCAGAACUAAACGUAACAUUGUGCCUCCUGGAUGGUACUCUGUAUAUGUAACAAAUGACUUUUUAUGUAGAAAAUCCUCUAAAGCAAAAAAAUCUCCUGAAAAUUUGGAAAGAGAUAAUAUAGUUAAAAAUCUUCAAGCUGAAAGAUCUAUUGAUGUAAAUAAGAUUGUAAGGAACACAAAUCUACAAGUUGUUGUGGAGCGCUUGGAAGAUACAAUAAACUUAGCCAAAAAGACUAAAAGUCCACUGUUGGAUAGUUAUAAAAUAUCCAGUACAUAUGAGUGUGAUAUGAACCAAACUGCUAGGAGAGGCCUACAUUUUAACAUGGGUGAAAAAGGAGGUGCAGGACAGAGUUUCCUCCCCCAGUCUCACUUGUCAUGCAGCAAUGCAUGCAAACCAGAUUGUGUGCCAACAAGAGAAUACAAAGAAGUUCUAGAUCAAGGACUUGGUAACAACCUUUUGAAAUCUUCAUCCUCUGAUUCAGGCAGAUUGACUUCCAGUAAUGGGGAUGUACAGACAAGAUCUGAAGUUGGGGAGAGUGCAUCUCUCCUAGGUUACUCUAGCCCAAUAAAACUUAUGUUUGUCUCCGAGGUUAAUAGUAGUGAAGGAGUGAAAUAUACUUUAACUGCUGCCAGUGCAUCUUCUACAGCAAACACCGAUCUUUGUUUAUUUCAGAAGUAUCCAGACACAAUAUCAGGAAAAAAAUCUAAAACAAGUGAUCUUGUUCAUGAAAUCUGCAUUGGAGACUCUGGAUAUAAUUGUAAUGAAAGUGACACUACAGAGGAAUCAAAUUUUGUUAAUGCUGAGACAAUUGCAGAUACUUGUGCAGCAGAUGAAACUGACUUAAAUUAUUUUAAGCAAAGUGAAGAAACUGUGGAAAAAUCAAGUAGUGGCAAUGAAUCUGUUUUAAAAAGAAAACCUGGUAGGCCUAAAAAAAUAGGGCCUCAGGUUGUAAAACAGGUUAAGCGACCUAUUGGACGACCUCCAAAGCCUAAAAUAGACACGGCUGAAAAUAGUGACCAUAGAUGUGAACCAACCAGUAUUGGGAAAACCACCAAAUCUGAUGUAACGGUAAUGAAAGAAGUUAUCAGUAACAAGAAUAUUACUGUGACAGUUGUUUUUGGAAGGUCAAGAAGAACUAAAAGGCAUGUUUCUGAAGGUAAUAUAAAUAUAAUUAAUGCUAUGCCUACACAACGUGAUUCCAAUUUUACAAAUGAUUCUAGUGAACUGAGGCAAAAUACAGAAACUGAAAAUGGUUUUGCAGAAAUAGUAAAAGUCUUACAGAAUUCUGCUACUGAAAAUGAAGUCUCUGGGUCUGGUUAUGAGUAUAUUAGACCUAUCAAGAAUAAUCCACUGUUACCACACCUUUACAGCAAUAUCAUACGACCAAAUCAGAAGCCUUUAACUAUCACUAGAAAGCCUGGUAGACCAGCAAAAGUAAAAAUCUCUGGCAUAUCAGUGACUAUUAAUAGAGUUUCACCUCAGGAAAGAAAAGUAAGUAUUAGCGGCUGCCUGCCUGCAUUGCAGCAACAGCAUAUGUUAGGGAAAAAAAUGUCACAGGAGACAAAUAAUCAACCGUGCAAUAAGAUGAAUGAAAUAAAGAGCAUUCAGAAUGACACUACCAAGGAUGCAUCUGUGAUUACUACUACAGAAUCAAGAAAACAUGAAAUUCCUUUGAGGCAUUCUGUUAGAGACAGAAGACCAUCACUGCAUUUCUUACAUUCAUUAGCAUCUUCUAGCACAUUUACUUGUAGAAGUGCCUUGCUACGUAAAUCGUAUAAGCUCCAUUUGAAAAAAGCUAAGGAUCAAAAGGAAAAACAUAUGCAAUCAAAUCUGAGGCUAGCAUCCAAGGAUACCUCAGAAACUAAAAAUUCAGGGAGUGAAGAAAAGGGUUCUGAGGUAAAUGAAUUUAGGUCUGUUAAUGAAAUAUCACUGGAUCCCAUUUUUUCAUCAAAUCCUUCUCUCAGGUGGUGGGCUACUUCCACUUCACAUGACUUCUUGUUGGAAGAACUAAAUAAUAGAUUUGAACAGAUAACUAAUACCUGGUUGCAAGUGGGUGGAAAUGAAUUUGAAAAGUGUUUAUAUGAAAAAAUCAAUCAUGUUGAACAAGAUUGUAGCAUUAAAGUGUCAAGACCUUUAGACACCUGCCUUGUAGAACUUGAAGCAUCACCUAUAAAAAUGCUUUUUCAGAAGAAGUGUAAUAUAAAUGAACUUAGUUCUUGGUUUAUGCAAACAACAGAAACGCAGUCACUCUCUCUAGUGAGAAAGGCAAAUGCUCGCAAUCCUUUGGAAGUAAUUAGUACUAGAGAGAUUAAGAUGGGAAGUAAACAAUCUGAUCUUAAUACUAGUCCUUUCAGAAAGCACUUUAAAAAGUUUGCACUAUCCUCUCCUUCAGAACCAGCUGGGAAAUUACAAAUAUUGCAUAAAAUUGUCCAGGCUCCAGUCUUAAAUAUGAAAAGUAAUUUCACACUAGCCAGAUUAAGAAGAACUGAAUUUAAGAAGUUACAACAUGACAGGUGGAGACAAGUGAAAAAAAUGUAUAACCAUGGAACAGGUGACUGGAAAUCUAAAAGGCGAAACUUAAGAUUUUUCUGCCAAAGCCAGUUUUUUAAAAAUGCAAGUGGGAAAAUCAGUGAUGUAGUACCCACGCACCAAGGAAAAAGUACAGUAAAAACCCAGCCCACUGAAAUCUUAGAAUCUCACAAUAGAAUCUUGUCAACUGGAACUGAAGUCAAAGACGCAUUUCUUCCACAGACAAUAGAAUUGUCUGACUUCAGCACACAUCCUGGUUUAACAAAUAUUUUUAAAUCACAUUCAGAGAUAAAUGGAACAAGUUAUAAUCAAAAAAAUGUUGGAAAAUCACAGAACCAACUUAAAAUGAGUCAAAGUACAUGGAGAGCCAAAACCUUUAAAGAUUGUAGAAUAUUUCUGAGAAAACUGAAUCAUAUAGAACAGCAUAAAUCGUUCAAGUUAAAUACUAUCAUUUACGCUCCAGAAGCUGUUGAAAGUAGAAGCAAUGAGACCUACACUGAAGAAAAAAGGCAUUGUACUUUAAAGUCCUAUUCUGCUAGGCAAGAUGCAUUAAAGGGAAAAGAAAAGGAUGUGGAGACAUGUAAGGGAACUAAUCCUUCCAAAAUGACUGCAAUGCUGGAUGACCAAUUAGACAGCAAAAAAUCAAGCAAAUGCGAAAACAAUGAGAGCCCUGCUGCUAGUUCUGAAGUUCUUAACAAAAUAAACAUAAGAAAAAGACCACAAUGGGAGACCACUGAUAUGAAUGUAAGAAAAAGGCAUAAGAGCCAAUCAUGCAAUACUGGACAAAUGGCGAAUUAUUACUCAAAAUACCAACUAGCUUGAUACAAGUGAAAGCCUCUGAGAAGCAGAAUUUAUUUGACAUGAACACAGCAACUCAACCUUUGAAGUCCGUAAAGAAG